AUGACUGGAUCUGGGACCACAUUUUCAAAAGGUAUGGAAAGAUAUUAUAAAAGAAUUGAUCCAAAUUUAUCACAUCCUCCGGCACCGAAAGUAGAUAUUGAUUGCAGUACAAAAAGCCAUUGCAGUACAAAGAGACAUUGCAUCUCAAUUGAUAUGAGUGAUCUUCCUAUUGAUCCUGGACUGCGAAUUCCAAUUUCAGAUUAUAGCCUGAAUAUUCAAGAUCAAAUUCGAAGACAUUAUUUGCAGCAAGGGCCUUGUCAACCAAAAAAUCAUAAAUUUCUUUCGAAACUUUUUGGAGGCGUGGAGCGUCGGUUCAACAUUGAAUGGUAUGAUCAAUUUCCUACUUGGUUAGAGUAUAGCUGUAAUUCCCUGCAAAAUAAUGGAAAACAAGGUGGUGGUGAGAUAUUUGUUAGUAAGGGUUUUUCAAAUUGGAAGAAAAUAGAAACAUUUGCAAAUCAUGUUGGAAAACAUGAUAGUUCUCAUUACGAAUGUUACAAGAAAUGUGAAGCCUUGAUGAAUGAAAAACAACAAAUUCAACACAUUUUUGUCAAGAAAAACGACAAAGAUCGAAAAAGUUACCGUGUUCGAUUAACUGCAUCAGUUGACAGUAUUCGAUUUCUUCUACGACAAGGUCUUGCAUUUCGUGGUCAUGAUGAGUCUGAAGAUUCUAAUAAUCAAGGUAACUUUCUUGAACUUUUAAAUUUUUUGGCUGAUCAUAAUGAGGAAGUUAGAGCUGUUGCUUUGAAAAAUGCUCCUGAAAACCUUAGAUUGACUUCCCCAAGGAUUCAGAAAGACAUUGUAAAUGCAUGUGCUAUUGAAACAAUUGAUGUUAUUAUUAAAUACAUGGGAGAUGCUGUAUUUUCUAUUUUAGUUGAUGAAUCUCGUGAUGUAUCUAUGAAAGAGCAAAUGGUUGUAAUGUUUCGUUAUGUGGACAAGAGAGGGUAUGUGAUUGAACGAUUCAUAGGCAUUGAACAUGUUCCAAAUACAACAGCAAUCUCACUAAAAAUAGCAAUUGAUAAGCUAUUUUCAAAGCAUGGGUUGAGCAUAUCUAGACUACGAGGUCAGGGAUAUGAUGGAGCUAGUAACAUGAGUGGAGAAUUCAAUGGUUUGAAGAGUAGUAUCAUGAAGGAGAAUGAAUGUGCUUCUUUUGUUCACUGUUUUGCUCAUCAGCUUCAAUUCGCACUCAUGGGUGUAGCCCAAAAACAUGAUUUAAUAGGUACUUUUCUCACUGUGGUAUCCAAUGUGGUGAAUAUUGUUGAAGCAUCAUCUAAGCGUCGUGACAUUCUUCGAGAAAAACAAGCUCAGAAAGUCAUUGAAGCCUUAAAAAGUGGACAACUUUCAAGUGGAAAAGGCUUAAAUCAAGAAAAUGGGAUUAAGCGUCCAUGUGAUACACGAUGGGGAUCACACUUUGGCACUUUGGUAAGCUUCACUAUCAUGUUUUCAUCUAUCCUUGAUGUACUUGAGGAAAUUACAAAUGAUAGUUUGAAUAAUGACCAAAAAUAUGAAGCAUCUAUUAUGUUACAAGUGGUGCAAUCAUAUGACUUUGUGUUUAGUUUUCAUUUGGUAAAAAAUAUACUUGGAAUCACAAAUGAGUUGUCGCAAGUCUUACAAAAAGGUGAUCAAGAUAUUGUGAAUGCCAUGGAUUUAGUUAAAGUAUGCAAGGAGCAAUUACAAAUAAUGAGAGAUAAUGGAUGGGAUUCUGUUGACGAUUCCUUAGUAGAAGAAGUUUCUAAGUUUUGUGUGGAAUUCAAUAUCGAUGUUCUAAAUAUGGAUGGAAUGUAUUGUGCUCAAGGAAAAUCACGACGUAGAGCUCCGAAGCUUACAAAUUUUCACUAUUUUCGUACUGAUUUUUUCAACAGUGUGAUAGAUUUACAACUACAAGAGCUAAAUAGUCGUUUUAAUGAGGCUAACACUGAGUUGCUACUUUGUGUAGCAUGUUUGUCUCCAAAUAAUUCUUUUGAUGCUUUUGACAAGGAAAAGCUAAUUCGUCUUGCUCAGCUCUAUCCUCAUGAUUUUUCUACAGUGGAUUUGAGGGUACUUGAAUUUCAACUUCAAACUUAUGUUGAUGAUCUGCGUUCACAUACUGAAUUUUCAGAAUUGAAAGGAAUUGCUGACCUUUCAAAAAGAUUAGUGGAGACAAAUAAACAUGAGGUAUAUCCAUUGGUAUAUUUGCUUAUUAAAUUGGCAUUAACACUCCCAGUUGCAACAACUUCAGUAGAAAGGGCAUUUUCAGCUAUGAACAUUGUGAAAAAUCAAAUGUGCAACAAAAUGGGAGAUGAAUGGUUGAAUGAUAGCUUGACUGUGUAUCUUGAAAAAGAUAUAUUCAAUACUAUUGACAAUAAGACUAUUAUUCAUCGUUUUCAAACACAUGAAAACUCGUCGAGGACAACUUUAAAUAUAUGUGUUGAAUGA